AUGGUGCGUUCCGACAGUCGACGGGCGAACGGCGAGGUCGUGGAGGCGUCGAGAGACGUGAUGGAUGCCGACAAGCGCGGCUAUUCCGACCUCUUCGGGCCGGCCGACUCGAGAUUGUCGUCGGACCGGCUCGCCGGUCUGUUGGUCUCGUCGGCCUUCGGCCCCGAGACCGGAUGGCCCGGUUGGUCCGUGGGGUCUGGUGGGUCUGUGGGGGGCGGGGCCUCCGGAUGGACCGGUUGGCGACACCAACCGGCGCAGACACGCGAGACUGAAGCGGUAGAAUCGCGCAACGGCGAAGGCGACGGCGACGGCGAUGGCGACUCGACCGGCCGUCAGCCUCGUCGCCUUGCCUUCGCCGAAGAGCGCGAAAAGUUCGUGCUGGACGAGGCGCAAGUCGACGCGUUUGGGUCCGGCUCGGAGAGCAGCAAAUUGACUGCGUCAUCAACGUCGACGACGGGGACGGGGACGGCCUUGAGCAUCGUGCCAUGCGUCGCGAUCGAGUCGACGCGACAUCGCGACGCGCCGACGAGAGACGGGCCCGAGGCAACUGAGACGAAGAGGUGGGAGAGAGCAGAAAGUGGUCAUGGACAGAUGGGACGAGUGAUCGCGUCGUCUGCGUCGGCUACGCCGUCGACGUCGACGACGGGGAGAAGGUUUGAGACGAAAGGACUCGGAGCCGUUUGUCUACUCGCUCCCACGCCCGAGUCUCUAAAAUUGCCGCCACCACCGCCUCUACUUCUUCACCCAUCGCCACCGCUACAGUUUGCCGACUCGGUUGCUAGUUGA